AUGAAUGCCAUUCAAGAAACGUCAGAAGAAAAUUCAACUGAAGCAAAGCCCAUUGGAAAAUCCUGUUGUUGCAAGUGUACUGUAUCACUUUCAACAGUGUUAAUGGUGGUGAUAAUAUUUAUCAAAGGGCUUGCCAGGGCAUACGUAAGCCAAAAAAGAGAGGAAAUUUCGAUUCCUGUUGACUUCGGCGGAAUUCGUCAAAUAAGAGAUUUGCUGCCCAAUUCUAAUGAUGUAAAACCUGAAAUAGAUAAUUAUUCAAGUAUAUACAGUGCAGAAGCAAUCACAUUAAUCGUGAUUAUAAUGAUUGAAUACAUCUUGACAGGCUUGGUAUUUUGGUAUUCGAAGAAGGGAAAAUAUAAGCUGAUUUUUCCGUACUUGAUAUUUCUCAUCUUAGCAAUAAAUGCAUCGCUAGAUUUGUUCAUACCCGCAACAAUCCAAAGUUUUAAACUUUCUAUGCAAGCUGGAUUUUUAGUCCUGACAAUUGGAUUCUUAAUUAUUGGUAAGAACAACUCUAUUCAAUGAAACGGAGUGUACUUUUGGAUAGUCAUGUAUCGGCGAUACAAAAACUUGAAAGAUAUCGAGCAGUCAAAAUUAAUUAUAUAA